AUUCCCGAUUCCCGAACGCGCAGCGGCGCCGCAGGCAGCUGCGUUCACGUGUCCUCCAGCACCCCGUAGCUCCGUCCAGCUCCGACCUGUUGCGCUGCUAGCUACAAGAAACCGCAACCACCGCGCCACAGCCCGGCCCGCUCCAAUCAACUCACCGGCCGGCCGGUGAUCCCCAUGGGAGGGACCUAACUUUUCUCGGAUUCUUGUGUGUCCUGCAUGCUGGGGCUCCUUGGGAGGUGAGAACCUACGGAGGCAUGGCAUUGGAGGCCGUGGUGCUGGCCGUGUCCCAGCAGCAAGGCGGUCGCUUCGGGUGUGGCGCCAUGGCAGGAGGGCCUUGGAAUGGCCUGCUUGGUGGAGCGGAGGGGGUGAUGGGGUUGAGUGGCGCUGGCGCCGGGAGCUGGGACGCGGCCGCGUGCUCGUCGUCGAUGCUGCUGCGUGGGUUCCAGGAGCCGGAUAACAUCCUGGCCGCCGUUGCGCCACCGGUGGAGUCCGGGGGAAGCGUCGGUCAGGAGGCCCCGGCGGCUGCGACGUCGCCGGCGCCAGCGCCAACGGGGAGGAGGAAGCGACGAAGGACGAGGGUGGUGAAGAACAAGGAGGAGGUGGAGAGCCAGCGGAUGACCCACAUUGCCGUCGAGCGCAACCGCCGAAAGCAGAUGAACGAGUACCUCGCCGUGCUCCGCUCCCUCAUGCCGCCCGCCUACGCGCAACGGGGCGAUCAGGCGUCCAUCGUCGGCGGCGCGAUCAACUUCGUCAAGGAGCUGGAGCAGCUGCUCCAGUCCCUGGAGGCACGGAGGCGUUCCGCGCAGGGUCCUGCUGCCGGCGCCAGCGGCGACGACGGCGCGGCGCCGUUCGCGGGCUUCUUCACCUUCCCGCAGUACUCGAUGCGCGCCGCCGCGGCGCCGGAGCACGCUCCCGCCGACGCCACCAGCCGCGAGUGCGCCGAGGGCGAGGAAGCCUCCGGGUCGAAGCCGUCGGCGGUGGCCGACGUCGAGGCGACCAUGGUGGAGAGCCACGCGAACCUGCGGGUGCUGUCCCGGCGGCGGCCGAGGCAGUUGCUGCGGCUGGUGGUGGGGCUGCAGGACCACCGCCUCACCGUGCUCCACCUCAACAUGAGCAGCGCUGGCCAAAUGGUGCUCUACUCGUUUAGCCUCAAGGUAGAGGAUGAUUGCCAGCUUACCUCUGUGGAUGAGAUUGCAGCGGCGGCUCAUCAGAUCGUCGAGAAAACACACCAAGAGCAGGGCUGCAGCUUAGAAUAGCAUCGAGCAUGAAUGCAUGCACGCAACUUUUUUUAGAUCUUGUAGCAAGUGAAGUGAUUCCCUUUGUGCAAAUGAAUAAUGUGUACUUACCAGAUUAGCUAGUCUUUCAAUCAGUUGAAUGCAUAACUUAUCUUUGUUCAUUGAUAAUGUCCAUGGCGAAGCAUGUAAGGUCACUGAAUUCCUAGCG